CUCUAAUACAUAACAGAACUGGAUUCGAAGCUUUUACGUCUGCGUGUUUGGCAUUCUUCGCUGAGAAGGAAAACGAGACAGCCCUUCCCAUCUCUUGCCCUGUGUUCACCGUCUCUCUGACAUUGCGAGCCCGAAAAUUCUCCAUUGUUCGAUUGCCUUGUCAACUUCUUCUUCUUUCCAUCCACGUAUAGUACAGUUCCUGAUCGCUUCUGCUCCGCUCUUCUUCAUUUUUCUGGCAUCGAAGUUGCAAUGCACACGGAGGACAAGAAAGCCGACGUUCAAGAAAGCGUGGACAAAGCCCAACAAGCUGAGGCGUUAGAACUCGUUCUUUUUCAAGUUUCUGAAUGCUAUGUUUAUAUGGAGAGUUCGAACUUAAAAGGAUCAGGGGUCAAGCUAAUGUAUCCCACUAUUUGUGCAGAUACCCGCCAGGAAAAGUGCAGAGCUGAUGAAUGGGAUGUCAACAAAUGGGCAUGUGAUGGAGUAUUGAAAGUUAUUAGCAAGGGACAGGAAUGCAUAAUAAAGCUUGAAGAUAAGAAAGCAGGUGAAUUGUUUGCUCGGGCUUUCUUAAGACAUGGAGAGGCACAUCCUGUGGAACCAGUUAUUGACAGCAGCAGGUGGUUUUAUAUUUUGUUCUUCGCAUAAAAGAGAACAUAGGUGAGCAUCUGUAUUUUGCUAUGCCUCUCGUUUUCAGCCCCUUUUGGAUUGUGACAUUUCUGAAAUCUACUUUCCACGAGGCUGGAGUUGUGUAAUGUGAAAAUAAGACAUCAAAUGGAAAGGAAAUUUCCUGAAAGAUGCUUCAAUAUUCUGAAAUCAUUUCUUGUUUAUGAAUGAAUUAACAGUGUUUAACAAUGAGUCUCAAAAGUUCCUUGCGCAGGGUAUAGAACAAUAUAUGAAACUCUGGAAUUUUAUAUCUAUACGUGUUUAAAUGUGACCGUUCGUUCUUCAGCAUGGGCUGAUAAUAAGUAUAUCAACAGACAAGUGGCGGCAGUAUGAAGUUCAAAGUUUUUGAGCAGGGCUUGAACAGCAACUCAGAAGAAAAGGGCGAUGGAAAAGUACCUGGACAUAAUAAUAAGUUACCCCCACCUCCUCCAUCACCGCUUUCAUCUGUUUCUACAAUACUGAAGUCUCCAACGAACUCACCAAGAAGUUUGAGUCUUGAAAAUACUUGCGUGGAAAAGACCACUCCAACAAUCAGUGAAGACCAGGAUUGCCAGGGUUCUCCGAAAAAUCAAAUUGCAGUGGACGUACCAGAUGAUGACGACUUUGGCGACUUUCAAGCAGCUGGUUAGCCUUGUUUAGAAUAACGACCUGUUUAUAUGCUAGCACUCGUACGUUUCUCUCAUUCAAAGUUGCGGACUAACUACCACCAAAAAUGAUUUAGGGGGAAGUCUGGCUAUCGGAUUCAGAGACCAGCAAGACAGCCAAGAGACUUGAAAUGUGCUGAAGAUUACUCAAUACAUAUUUGAAUGAAUUUAUAAUGCCCCACGGUCCACGGAUGCCUAUUUCAUGCUCCUAUUCCAUGUUAUAGCCAUGGUCAAACGCGUGCUCUUUACCUCUUAUUAUUUUGCUUUUCGCUUUUUUUAAGAGGUCAGGUUAAGACCGGAAUCUUUCAGUAAAGGACUAAAAUACCAUCAAAGCUAGAAGUGAAUUGUUUCUAUUUACCAACUGCCCCAGAUUGCAAUUCAUUCCAUCAAGAAAGAUCACCAUACAUACAGUGAAAAUACUCCGAAAAAGAACUAAAUUCUUCUCACAUGACCAGUUUCCUGCGGAAUUUCCUCGCCACAGCUUUCGCUGCAGGUCAAAUUUGGGCGACUGAAU